UCCUGCGUUUGCACACUACGACUUGCAGGAACCGUCGCUAUGACAUCCGCGCUGGAAAACUACAUUAAUCGUACUGUUGCGGUAAUUACUUCAGAUGGUCGAAUGAUUGUGGGAACUCUCAAAGGUUUUGAUCAGACCAUCAACUUGAUUUUGGAUGAAAGCCAUGAAAGAGUGUUCAGUUCUUCACAAGGAGUGGAACAAGUGGUCUUAGGAUUGUACAUCGUAAGAGGAGACAAUGUUGCUGUAAUUGGAGAAAUUGAUGAAGAGACAGACUCUGCUCUUGACUUGGGGAACAUUCGAGCAGAACCUCUGAACUCAGUUGUACACUGAAGAAAAUAAAGAUGAGGAUAUACAGCAGAACGUCGUAAAUCUC